AUGAAUGCUCAGUUCUCGUUGAAGGAUCUUGGACCAUUGAGUUUUUUCCUAGGAGUGGAAGUCAGUUAUAGAGGUUGUGAUGUUGUUUUGAGUCAACAAAAGUAUAUUCAAGAUCUUCUACAGAAGCAUGGCUUUGGUGGAGUAAAGAGUCUUCCCACCCCUAUGGUCUCUAACAUCAAGCUGUCAACCAAGGAAGGAACACCACUUGAAGAUGCUGCACAAUACAGAAGCAUCGUAGGUGCCCUGCAGUACAUUGUGAUCACUCGACCUGAUGUGGCGUUUGCUGUGAAUAGAGUGUGUCAAUUCAUGCAAGCCUCACUGGAUGUUCAUUUUCUGGCAGUGAAGCGGAUACUUCGUUACCUACAAGGCACUGUUGAUUUUGGACUACGGUUUACACCUUCCUCGAGAAUGGCUUUGACUGGCUUUGUAGAUGCGAAUUGGGGUUCAGAUGUUGAUGAUAGGCUAUCAACUUCAGGAUUCUGUAUAUAUUUUUGUGGGAACUUGGUCUCGUGGAGCUCUAAGAAGCAACAGGUUGUUGCACGUUCAACUGCUGAGGCUGAGUAUAGAAGUGUGGCUUGCGCAGCUGCUGAAAUGGUGUGGCUUCGAUCACUGUUGGGAGAGCUGCACAUAGUUACUCAUGGCAAGGCCACGUUGUGGUGUGAUAAUACAAGUGCAGUUACAGUAUGUGCUAAUCCCGUACUGCAUUCCAAGUUUAAACAUGUUGAGUUAGACCUGUUUUUUGUUCGAGAAAUGGUGGCCAUGGGACAACUACAAGUGCAUAAAGUGCCUGCAGUCGAGCAGACAACGGUUGCUGGUGAUGCAGCUCAAGAGCAGAUCAGUUUGAGUUUGAAGGAGCCAGCUGAGUUGGGAAAAGCCGAGUUUCAGAUGAUUCUGAACCCGAACUGCCGCGGUCGAGCUUGUGCAUGGAGGUGA